GAAUCUCUGCGGAAGAUCAUCACCACCUUAGCCGUGAAGAAUGAGGAAAUCCAGAACUUCAUCUACUCCCUCAAGCAGAUGAUCCAGAAUGUGGAGGCCAACUCAACGCGGGCGCAGGAGGACCUGGAGGGUGAGUUCCAGUCUCUGUACACGUUGCUGGAUGAGCUGAAGGAGGAGAUGGUGAUGAAGAUCAAGCAGGAACGUGCCAGCCGCAUCUACGAGCUGCAGGCCCAGCUUGUGGCGUGUUCCAAGGCCCUGGAGAGCUCUGAGGAGCUGCUGGAAGCAGCCAACCAGGCCCUAGGGUCAGCCAGCCAUAAUGACUUCUCCCAG